GCUUCAGCUUUACUGGGUUUGUAUUGCCCAGUAUUUCUUUUUGGCAUUUGUGCUGUUUAGGAAUGCAUUGAGCGAAAACAAGGAAGUACCUGGAUAAAGGCUAAGUCAGGUGGUUCGGUACUCAUUAGUAGGACUCUCCGCUGAGCUCCUGAACGCACCACGACAACUCCAGAGGAGGAGAGGAAGAGGAGGAGGAGGUGGAGGCAGACCGAGGGGAAGCAUGAAGAACAUCCCCGGUAUCUGAGCUGACAGACGGGGAGAGCAUCUCGUCCUCCCUCGCUCGUUCAGGGGGCCGACAGGAGGCGGCGGGAGUGCUGGGGACAGGAUGGAGGAGAAGAGUCCGUUUCUCUGUGGGGUGGUGGAAGGAUUCUAUGGGAGGCCUUGGUCUAUGGAUCAGAGGAAAGUUCUCUUCCAGUGGAUGCAACACUGGGGGCUGAACACCUACCUGUAUGGUCCGAAAGAUGACCUUAAACACAGACUGCUGUGGAGAGAAGUCUAUUCCCCCGAGGAGGAGGGUCAGUUGCGUACUCUCAUAGUAGAGGCCGAGUCGAGAGGCCUGAGGUUCGUUUACUCCCUCUCUCCUGGUCAGGACAUCGUCUUUUCUUCUUCCUGUGACCUGACCCUGCUCAAACGCAAGCUGAGACAGGUAUCAGACCUGGGUUGCCAGGCCUUUGCCAUUCUGUUUGAUGACAUCGAUCACUCCAUGUGUCAGGCCGACAGCGAGGCCUUCUCCUCAUUCGCCCAUGCUCAGGUCAAUGUAACCAAUGACAUGUAUCGGUUCCUGGGAGAACCACCCGUCUUCCUCUUUUGCCCAACAGAAUACUGUGGUUCUCUGUGUUCUCCCAGUGUAUCCAAGUCUCCCUACCUGCAGACUGUUGGAGAGGACCUACUGCCCAACAUAACAGUGAUAUGGACAGGCAAUAAGGUUAUCUCUAGGAAACUGUCAGUAGACUGCCUGGCAGAGGUGGAGUCCGUCCUGCAGCGUCCCCCGCUGAUCUGGGACAACCUGCAUGCGAAUGACUACGACUCCAGACGUCUCUUCCUGGGGCCUUUCAAGGGUCGAGAGACCGGGUUGAGGAGCCACCUUAGGGGCCUAUUGCUGAACCCGAACUGCGAGUUUGAGGCCAACUACAUUCCACUGCACACGCUGGGGAGCUGGUACAGAGCUGGGGAAGAGGAGAGGAAAGAUGAGGACUGUGAGUACUGUCCUGAUAGAGCUCUGUCUGCUGCACUACAAGAUUGGAUGGAGGAACUCAACCAGCCACUACAAGCAGGUCGUCAGUGCUCACGAGCAGACCAGCGUUCCGCUACUUCAACGUUUCGCAGUAAAACUCCUGACGGAUCUGAAGGCCCCUCUGGAUUCAGAGGAGCCCCUGCUGUGGCCAAACUCCCCGUCUUCCCCCUGAACUCCGGCUCACCACCAACAUCACCCACUAAGGUUAAUGGGGAGAGGGAGGGGCAAGACGUGGAUAAACUGAGAGCAAACCCGCCUUGUCAACCCAAUCACCAGCCUCCAGGAUCCAGACCUGGUGCACCCUCAGGGGGAAGCCGAGGGCAGAAGGCCCAGGGAAGGGGGCUCUGUCUUGGGAAGGGCCUGCUAAGUGAAUCCCAGGUGCGGCUGCUGGUUGGUCUUCACUAUCUCCCCCACGAACAUGGACCAUCUGCCCAGAAACUGCUACAGGAUCUGACCUGGCUUAAAUCCAACUGUGACCUGGUCAGCUCGAACAGCAAAAAGGCACCUCUGAAGGUUGAUGAGUGGCGUGGUCGGGCCUCUAGGUUCCUGUCGCUGUGUGAAGACAUCGCUCAGCUCCACUGCAGCGUGGUGGGCGGGGCCAACAGGGCUGUGCUCUAUGACCUUUACCCUUAUGUGUGGGAUCUGAGGAACACGGCUCUGGUGGCAAAGGCCUUCAUAUGCUGGCUAGAUGGGCGAGUGUUGGGUGACAGCUCCACCCUGGGCUCCUGGAGAAACUGCUUCCACUUGUGUGGAAAGACCACUGGGGUGGACCUCCCAGGAGUGGAGUCCGAGCCGUGGGCGUUCAAAGGGGGCGUGUCUGGCGAGGUGCAGAUGCUUCUCCCGAUAGGAAGCAGCAGUGAACUCUUCAGUCAUCCUCCUCCUCUCUUCCCCACCUCUCGUCUCUAUAACGUCAGGCCCUACCACAGCAAGGACAAGGUGGAGUUGUAUCGGAUGGUCCGGCAGCUUCACCUGAGGACUCAGGGUGGCCAAGAGUCCACUUGUGCUCACCCAGAUAUCAUAGGAGACAGAUGUCUCGGACCUUGCCUGGCGCUGUGCCCCGAGUACAGCUUCAUCCUGGAGGAUGAGCUAGGUGUAUGUGGCUGUGUGUUGGGUAUCCAAGAUGUCCGCUCCUUUGCCAAGCGCUGCCAAGCUACCUGGCUGCCUGCCAUGAGGGACAAAUACCCAACCAAAGGAGGCAACACACACCCCAACGUGCAGGACCUGAUCCAGAUGAUGGAGGAGGACCAGGGCGAGUACCCAGACUCGCUCCUCUAUCACUUCCCCUCCCAGCUGCGCCUGGACGCUCUGCCUGAGCUGGUGGACGUCAGCGUCAGCCGCACGCUCCUCACUGCCCUACUAACUGCCCUCAAGGCAAACGGUUCUCAGGGUGUGUUCUGUGAAGUGCAGCCGACAGACCGCCAGAGGCUGGAGUUCUUGACCAAAAUGGGCUUCCUGGAGAUCCUCAGAGGAGAAGCCAGGAGCCGAGAGGGAGUGGUGCUGGGGAGGCUGCUCUGAACAUAGAACACGCACAACAACACACACAAGGUCACACACAUACACAACACCACACACACGUGAAGGCACUUGCACCCAGAUGCAGUUACAGACACAAAAUGAGUUUUCAUUUUAUUUUCUUCAUCAAGAGAGAGAACAUUUCUAAUGGGACGAUGCUGGAUUUCUUAGAUUCUGAGUGGCAGUAAAGAGGGUGAACCCACAUAUUUCUGAGGGAUUUACAAAAUAUGAAAUAAGCCUUUAAUGUAAACCCUCAGCGGAUCUGUGCUAAUCUGUCUGGGAUUCUUCCCCUGGCUGAGGAUUGUGAGUUGUCGUCUAGCUUGACAUGAGAGCAGAGAGCUGGAGCAGCAACAGCAGCAACAAACUUCUCUUUUGAGGGACAUGAGUCAUUCAAUCACACUCAUAUUUUAGUUUAAUGGUUAUGAACAAUAUUGCUGUUUGAUCCACAGAGAAAAAAGGUUUGAUGGCAAUCCUCCUCUGCUCUUUGGAGCCACUUUAGCCAAUUGUUUCGUUUUUCUGGCCUCCAUCUUGUGUGAUGCAGUUUUUCAUUUCAUUCAGGCCUCCCGUUAGUGUUGUUUCCAGAUAGGUUAAGUUUCAUGCUCCUAUCCUGCUGUUUGAAUAGUUUGCAGACUCCAGACCAGACCAACAACCUCUCUGUUUACACUCCCUUAGUUUGGAUAAAUGUUUACAUGCAUGAUAAAUAAAACAUUAUGUGGCUUUUCACAAAGUGGAAUUACAUGUACUGACACUGGCACAGACAUAAUUUCAAUGGAAUGAUCUAACAUGGCAAUAUUAAUGAAUAUGUUUCCAUCAUAUCUAUAAAGUCUAAGGAGAAAAAAGCAAUUGCAUGCACGCUAGAACUCAUCAGAAAACCCCGCAAUAAAUAAUCAUCAGAUUUCUGUGCAUGAAAACUAUCAUUCAGACAUGAAAACAAUCAUUCAGACAGAUAAGAUACACAAAACACACACACAAAGACAGACACAUGUACAGACUUCUCUAAAGUUUACACUCGGUUCUGUUGGCUAUAAUAAUAGAUACCUCUCCCUCAUUCAACACCAUUUACACUUGUCAGAUACAUUUCCUGUGUGUAUGUAUGUCUUUGUAUGAGGUGUGUGUGUGUGUGUGUGUGUGUGUCAAAUAUACAAACUAAUAAACAAAUCAUUAUGCCUUUAUUCCAAACCAUAAAGAACACACACACACACACAGUCAUAAUAAAAGAAGCACAACAGCACUCACAAUCAGAUCCUCAACUUAAAGUAUGUAGAUCUACGAAUGUUCAUUUUUUUGUAAACAGAAAAGACAAAACUACUUUCUGUGCAAGUAUUUAUACUUCUACUUUUGAUUUCUGUUCUUUUUUAUUAUUAUGCUCGAUCAAUCACAGACUGAAAAGGCACUUUUAUACGUCUCGUCUCAUCAUCAACCUCAUCACCAUCUUAUGUGAGAGUCUAGUCCCAGAACUUAAAAUGAUGUAAACAACUACACAAAAAAGUCUUGAAGCACUGAGAUAGAAAUGCAUGAUGUAAAGAAACCUUUUAGAAAAUACGUCAUUGUUCUUUGCAGAGGGUAGUCCACAACACGAGGUAUCGUCUACUUAAAACAUUUCUGUGAAUGUGGGCAUGUGUGGUUUGGUAAUGGGCAAUAAACGUAAUUUUACACAGGCAAUAUGAAGCACUGUGAAAAAAAAAAUCGAAUGAACCUAUGACCUAAACACACUUUUGUGUCAGAAUAAUAAUAAUAAAAGGAUAAUAUUAAUAGUUUCCAUCAAACUCCUGGAUUAAGUGGCCGACCACUCACAUGACCCGUCGUCUACGUGUAGUCAUUGUCUCACUGUCUGCCUGCACUGACUUACAUGUACAUGUUUGUUUUACAGUGAGUUCCAGUAGAGUGCUAUUUAGUAUGUCUAUGCAGAGUAAUGAAGGUUCAAACUAAUUACUGUAGAAUUCAUUGUGUUUUUAUUGAUAAGAGUAAAACUGUCAUUUUAACAGUGAAUUAUUUCAUUGAUCUGACGUGUUGAUUUAAUGCCGAAUUAAAAGAUCUUUUCUUUCCCCUUUAA